AUGUCUGUACCAAAAGCGGUAACCCUAAGCUACACUUGGGCUUACCAUGCGGCGCUGCAUAGGGAGUCCCUGCAGAGCUUACCUUGUCCUUCGCUCCCGCAAUGUGUCCCCUGCAGUGUCCCCGGCCAUCUCCUCCGGCUGAUGCCAGCAUCCGGCUUCUGUGUUCCGGUCCCUGUGACGUCGGGACGUACGGGCGCCGGCAGCAGCGGGAGAUUUGAAAAUUUUAAAAAAAUUUCAUUUUUUUCAAAACGAUUUUACAUAUGCUCUGUCCUGUCCCCUGUCUGCAUUUUGACUGUUUUUUCU